UCCCAGGUGGGGAGCAGCCACUGCCACCCCGAAUCCUCUCCGUUCCUCUUCUCGGCUGCCCUCCCUUCCCGUCGACGUUCGUUCCCCAAACCACAUCCUGGAGGCGCUCUUCUGCCGGGUCCUCAGCCCGGAGGGCGCACCGGGCGUGGGGGCCUGAGAGCCGCGCGCUGCCUCCCGAUCCUCUCGGCUCCCCCCUCGGCCGCGCUGAUUGGCCGCUCCCGGGCCAUUCCCUGCCGCGGGCAGGCGGGCUCCACGGCCCAGCGGAAAGUUUUCUGUGUCCGGAGGAAGUUGGACCUUGGGAGACUCGGAGACAGCAGCUCCCGAGGCCGCGGGGCUCCGCGCGGCCAUGGAGGAGCCCCCUUUGCGAGAGGAGGAGGAGGAGGAGGAAGAGGAGGAGGACGAGGCUGGGCCCGAGGGGGCUCUGGGCAAGAGCCCCUUCCAGCUGACCGCCGAGGACGUGUAUGACAUGUCCUACGUGGUGGGCCGCGAGCUGAUGGCGCUGGGCAGCGACCCCCGGGUGACACAGCUGCAGUUCAAAAUCGUCCGCGUGCUGGAGAUGCUGGAGACGCUGGUGAACGAGGGCAGCCUGGCGGCGGAGGAGCUGAGGAUGGAGCGGGACAGCCUCCGGAAGGAGGUGGAGGGGCUGCGGAGAGAGGGCGCGGCGGCCAGCCCCGAGGGGAGCCUGGGACCAGACAAGAUGGUGGUUGACCUGACCGACCCCAACCGGCCGCGCUUCACUCUGCAGGAGCUGAGGGACGUGCUGCAGGAGCGCAACAAGCUCAAGGCGCAGCUGCUGCUGGCGCAGGAGGAGCUGCAGUGCUACAAGAGUGGCCUGAUUCCAGCAAGGGAAGGCCCAGAAGGAAGAAGAGGAAAGGACGCUGUGGUUGCCAGGGCCAGCAACGCCGGCAGAAACAAGGAGGAGAAGACCAUCAUAAGGAAGCUGUUCUUCUUCCGAUCUGGGAAGCAGACAUAGAGCUAAGGCGGCGGUUCCGAGAUUCUAGAGGACAACCCACCAGGAAGACUCCCCAGUCUGCUCAGUGCCACACUGACCCACUGCACUCGCUCGCGUUUCCCCUCAACGCAGUCCAAGGAGCGAGGAGGGUGCUUCUCUCUUAUCACUGUCUCCCUGGCUGCAGAACUGGACACCCCCGAAGGCUUGGCCAGGGCAGGGCAAGUGGCACCCAGAAAUCAAGAAAGCAGAAGGAAAAAAAAAAAAAACAGAAAAUAAAAACACGAAAGCAGAAGGGAAGUGCAGGGGCCACCACCUGCCCACGUCAGCCGUGGAGGGAUCUCCGGCUCUGCCUCUCUGGUCCCACACUUGACCUUGCUCUUCACUGUGUAGCAGCCCGAGCAGCCAUGCGCCAGCCCAAAGGGAGAGGGGAGGAAGCCGGAAAGUGUGGUAUCCACCUUCCGGGGACUUCACUGAUAUUUAGUGACUAUCUGACUUUGCUAACAUGACUUUCUUUACGAGGAGAUUUUUGUAUUAAAGUAAAAUGACUUCCCUG